AACAAGAAACCGCAUUGUUUUUUGUAGGUUUUAGUGAAAUAAAAGUAGAAUAGAAGAUUUAUGUUCGGGAAGGGUCAUCUUCCUCUUUGAGUGUCUCUCGCACGCACACACGCAGCGAAGGAAUCAAAUCCAAUUUCAGACUCUCGGCGUUCUCUUCUCUCAUCACUUCCAACUAUCAAAGACAAUUUUGCACAGUAAAAAGCGAUGGCAGGAAGAGAAGUUAGAGAAUACACAAAUCUCAGCGACCCCAAAGAUAAGAAAUGGGGUAAGGGAAAAGAUAGGAUUGACGAUGAGGAUAUUACUUUCCAACGAAUGGUUGCAAAGAUGCAAGAGGUUGCUGGGGAGCGUGGAGGUUACCUUCAUGGUCGAGGCGCCUUGGACAGUGAUGAUCUACUUUAUCUCAAGGAGCAAAUGGAAGCUGAGGAGGAUGCAGAGCGCCUCCUUCGCCGAACCGAGAAAAGGGCAUUUGCUGCAUUUAAGAGAGCUGCAAGUUUAGCAGAUUCAACACCUGCAUCUGUACCAUUGGCAUUUCGCGUCGAGCCAAAGCCAAAGAGUGGUAUUAGGCAGCAAGAUUUGCUGAAAAAAGUUGUUGAGAUUAAACCUAAGAGGCCAAGAUCUGAUGGCAACCAGUCAACCCCAGCUUCUCAAAAUGCCCCUGUCACAACAUGUAAGCCUGAUUAUGAUCCUUCAAAAGAGAAGCAAUCUUUGUCAGGACCAAAGAAAGUGGAGGAACAAUCUUUAUCUGCAUCAGAGAAAUCUGAGGAGCAUGCUCCUUUGGGGUCACAGGAAACCGAAGCUAAGCCUAGGAUUGAAAACUCUGGUGGGGGAUUACUGGGCCUGGCAUACGAUAGUUCUGAUGAUGAAUGAUUGGUAAUUGCAGUUUGAUGGCAGAUUACUUCUUUCCAUCAUUGUCUCUGUAGGUUUUAGUUUUAGUACAGAAUGCUUGAUUUGUUUAGAGAAAGUAUUGAAUUGUAGUCAAGGCAUAAAAAGUUUAGUNUUUUGAAGGUUGGAAAAGAAAAUGAUGUACUAACUCUAUCUGUUCAAGUAUGUGAGAUACAAUUUUGUAUGUGAAUUCAUCUCAUCUCAUCUGAAGUGUCAUGGU